UCCAGGUGUCUGUGGCUUUUGUGCUCGUGAUCAGAGAUUUGCUAGAACAUAAAUCAGAAGUUUAAUCAAUCUCACGUGCCGAUUUGCAGUUUUCCCACCAGUUUCGCCAGUUACUUCGAGGUGAUUAAGUAUACGACAGCACAACGCGGCCACCCUCGAGCGGAUGCGGAAGUCGCUAAAGCGGAAGUCCGCACGGUUCUAGCUGUUGGGGAAAUAGCAGAGGGGAAAGUGGUGCCAGAACAUCCACAUUAAAACGGAAAACGGAAAUCAAACUAAAGUGUGACGCCACACUCGGACUCAUAAUGUUCGAACCCAAGCUGCUCCAGAAACAGAAACACACCAGCAAUAAAACAUAAUGUUGAAGCAGCAGUAGCUGUAGCUGUAGCACUGAGGCAGAAAGAACACACACAAAUGUACACAGAGCCAAAGGCAUUCCAUUGAAAGUAAACGACAAAGAAGGAUCCUCUUGCACCAGAGCCAGGAGCAGAGCCUCUCAAGUGAGGCCAAUUCCUUGAGCGACAAACGAUUUACAGUCUAAACAGACGACGACGACGGCGACUGGGACAAAAUGGCGGACUUGGAACGCAUACGCCUCGUGCUGCUUGGCGGGGCCGGAGUGGGCAAGAGCUCCAUUGUAAAGCGUUUCCUAUUUAAAACCUACACAGACAAGUACCGCGCCACCGUCGAGGAUCUCUACAACCGCGAGUACGACCUGGGUGGCGUCACGUUAAAGGUGGACAUUUUGGACACGUCCGGUGACAUGCAAUUCCCUGCCAUGCGACGCCUCUCCAUUGCCACGGCGCACGCGUUCAUGCUCGUCUAUGCCGCCACAUCAGCGCCCAGCUUCCAGUGUGUGAAGCAGUGCUUCGAGGAGAUCCGAGAGCAGCGCGGUGACUUCCAGGACAUUCCUAUUGUGAUUGCCGGGAACAAAGCCGACCUGGCCCCCACCCACAGGGAGGUCAAACAGGAGGAGGUGACAGAUUGGGUUUUCUGCGAGCUGCCGCGCUUAAGGGCCAAGGUCCUCGAGUGCUCAGCGAAAGAGGACAGCAACGUGACCGAGCUGUUCAAGUCCUUGCUUUCCCUGUCCCGCUUCCUGCCCACCAGCAGCGGCAGCAGCGGGUCCGGCGGCGGGGUGGCCGGCGAGGCGGCGCCCAGCGGAUUCAAGCGCCGCUCCUCCGCCUACGUCAGUGCCUCGUCCAGUCGCAACAAAAACCGCAUGAACAGUCCGGCUUUGGGCGCGGCUGGGGGCAGCGGCGACAAGAAGCCCUCCAGCCUCGUCGAUGCGGUGGAUGUGGCCAGCACCAGUGCCGAAGCGAAGCUGAAGCCGCGUUCCAGGUCCCUCAUCCGCCGCGCCUCCCGCAAGACCAAACAGCAAAUCAACAACGCAUCCGAUGACUGCAAUUUGCAGUAAAUAUUCAAGGCGUCGGGGGCAUAAUUAAAUUAUGGAUUAUGUGGCCACACAAUAUGUAUUAUUAAUAGUGGAUUGCAGUUAAUUAGUGUGCAUAAACAAAGGGCGCGAAUAUUUUUGUUCGAUGUAAUGAGUUGAUAACGUGUUUACGGCAUUAAAUUCGUGAAACCCAAACUUGCUCAAAGGCAAACAAACCAGUAACCCAGUAACCCAGUCACCCAGUCACCCAGUAUCCCUGUAACCCGUAUGUGUUGAUAAUAAAUGUACAACUCGAUAAUUAGUGUAUGCAAGCAAUACGUAUUUGCAUAUUGGCUAUCUAAAGCAUUAUUUUGUGCCACAAUGGCAUACUCCAAAUGAAACUCCAUGCCUGAAUGCGUUCAGGAAAAAUAUUAUUUAAAGAGUGCAGAUUAUAUUCCCAUUUGUAGCAUUUACCAGACCGCAUCCAGCAGUCGAGUCCGAUGGUCGCUGUCCAUUUGUCAGAUAUCUAUGCCAAAAUGUCUCUCAGUUUUACUUAGAGAGAGAAACUGUCAGUCAGGGACCUUGCAUCUAUGGUUCUAUGGAAAAAUAACUCUUAAGCUGAGUUAAUUACAAAUAUUCAGGGGAAAUCGGUUUAGGGUCUGCAUUAGGAUGGGCUAUUAAUUCCUUGAACUGAAUUGAGUGGCACACCAUUUCGAUUUAUUGGUUACUACUGCUUAGGGGGACCAGUUUAUUUAUAUUUGAAAUUACUUUUAUACGACUAAGGAAUAUAGAUUUUCCACAGAGAAUUUUGAGAAUUUCACUCUUGCCUGAGGUGGAAAUUUGUGCGCGGAAUUUGAAUUUAAUCAGUGUCGGGAGAGGGGGAGGUCUGGCGGGGCAUCGAAGAAUCGUAGUACAGUUCAUAGAGUUCCUUUUGACGAGAAAUUAAUGGCUCAGUCGUUGUUAUUCUGGGAGAAGACUAAGUUUAAUGCGUUUUCCAUUGGCUGGCUAUCAUAAUACCUGCAGGUAUAAUAACUUAAACAUAGCUCUAAGGUUACUUCUAAAUGGAAUAUACAUAUUUACAAGUGUACACAAACUUAAUUGCACAUCUAGCUGACACUGUAGUCAAUAUUGAAGCGUUUCAAAAAAUCUUGAUGUUCCAAUGGUGGUGGAUGGGUAAAGAGGUUUGGAUUUGAGCAGCUCCUCUCCACUUGAAUCAGACAUGAAGGCCAAAAGGAAAUCACAGCGAGAAAGAGUGUGGGGAAAGGAAUACCAUAAAGCAAUUUCGUGGCAUUUUCUUUUGGCUUUCAAGAACCACUGAAAAAGUAGGAAAAUCUUUUACGGAAAGUACAACAUACAUAAAUUUACUAUGCAAAAAACGUAAUUGUAAAAUAAAUUUGAUGCGUUUUUGAGGAAUGUUUUUCAAGGAUUAUACAGGGUGUACUUCUUAUGCUAAAUGGCCAAAAAAUCAAAGUUCCCACAAAGCACACUUUGGUUAAAUUUUUCGGUGCUUUGUGGGAGAUUUACGAUAAAGAAUACUCGACAAAUCUGUUGCAUGCAAAUUAUUAUCCAUUUCCACACAAGUUACAGUUACAGUUACAGUUACAGUUGCAAUGGUGUGAAUGCAUGUGUGCUGUGGGUGCAUGUGAUAAGAAACUCUUUGUGUUGUCUCUCUCUCUCUCUCUCUUUCUGUCUCUCUGAAUUACUUAUUCAAUAAGAUUUAUUUGAAAGACUACGGAAUAAACUGUUAGAUGGUACAGAGCAUGGCAGGAGAUAACUAAUGGAUUUGUAAAUGAAAAGAAUAAAAGCAGAUGCAAAGUGAAUUGUGAUGGUAUAUUGUAGAAUACAUAACAUACAUACAUACCAGUAUAUACAUAUGUACAUAUGUAUGUACAGAGUAUAAUAUAACUGUGCAGAAAGGUUGAUUUGUUCAGUAGUUUAAAUAGAGAUUUAUUUUAAUUUCUUAGUUCAUUUCGGUCCAGGCUAUGGCCAAGCCACGAGUUAUUUAGUUAUAUAUAAUAUGUAUAAGAAUACAAUGUGCAGCGGAGUUUGUUUUAUAUGUAAUACGGUUUAUACAUUGUUACUGCGUGUAGUUAAAUGAAACAAAUCUUAAGAGCCCUCACUGGCGCUCGAUCUCUUAUCAACCAACUGUAACCUGCAUACAAACAUACAUACAAUACGUUUACAUAUAUAUAUAUCAGCGACUAGUGGGAUCACAUGGGAGAGCCGGCAUUUCUUUAAGAUUUCACCGUACACCGUAUAUCAGUAUAUCAGUACAUAUGUACAUCAGCUGGCUAAACCACUUAUCCAAUUUUGAAAUACACACACACAUAUGUAUUUUUGUCUACGUAAUUCGAUUGUUCUACCAAUUAAAGUUAAGCCCAAAUGGGAGUCGCUCUACUUACCACCACUAAAUCCAAAAAUACUGUAACCUAAAAAUAGUUAAAAGCAUAAAACAAAAAACCAAAAUAACUUUCUAGGUGUGCGUACAUAUGUGUAUCACUGUCAUGUACUUGUAGACUAAUUGAAUUUCAAUUCAAAUUGAAUUAUUGACAAUUGUAUUAGCCCGUUAAAAUAAACCACAAUACGUCCCAA